UGCUCAUUAAAAUAUGACGUUUUGGUCAUUAAGGUGUGCCCUACCAAAUAUCAGAUCUCAAAACUGUCUCUAAGGCAACUUUGAGUUCCAUAGCACUUUGGCAGUGUGCGAGGACAGAUUGGCAUCUGGGCAUCCCCAAGGUGUCCCCUGAUUAUUCUUGGAUAUCCAGAGCAUCCCUAAAACCACUCAGGCAAUAGUGAAGGACAGAUUUGUGUUCUGCUCAUUUUUCCAAUGAGAGAUCCAGACCACUUUGGUGAUAGGGGAGGACAUAUAUUCAUGAUGUGGAGAUCAGCAAGGUGUCCCCUGCACACUCUUGGGCAUAAGUCCGAAACACAUAUCUGAGUUUGGUGACUGUAGGGUCAAAGGGCUCGAUUUUAGGGCCUAAAACUUUUUGGUGAUCUGAGGACACAUUGGUUAUAUCGGGCCCUAACCAUAAUGGUAAGUGAAACUGGGAUAUGUGAUGUUGCUGCUUGACAAGGCGGUUAGGCCGGUUAAGCUAGUCAAGUUUGGUAAGGUUGGGCUCAUGCUUUGGCUUAAAAUAGAGAAAUACCACAUUGGCGAUCCCGAACUGUUUUGGUGAUAUUGAUUUUGACAAGGAGCCAGACCACUUUCGUGAUAGGGGAGGACAUAUAUUCAUGAUGUGGAGGUCUGCAAGGUGUCCCCUGCACACUGUUUAAUUACCAGGGUGUCCAAAAGGCCACUUAGAGAUCCAUACCAAAUUAAUAGCGUAAAUGAAGAAUUUUUAUAAAAGACUUUUGGGUGAUCUGACAACAGAUUCUUCUAGGUGGCGUGGUCAAGGUGUAGGCUGACAAGUCCUAGAUCUUCAAAGUGUCUCUAAGUCUAAUUAGAGAUCCGUACCACUUCGGCACAGUUGGAGGACAGAUUCAUGUGCUGUUUCCAAUGGAAUGGGUGGUCUACAUGAUUUUUAAACAUUAUUUAUAUUUUGACACUAUGGUGAUAAUGACCCUAAACCACACUUUUUUUUUUUUAAAGACUUACAGGUAAUCUGACAACAGAUUCUUGUUGGUGGCGUGGUCAAGAUGUAGGCUACAAAGUUCCAGAUCACCAAAGUGUUCCUAAGUCCGAGAGAACCGGGCCUCCGAACAGGAAGUUGAUGACACCAGUGACCCCGACUCGAGCAGAAUGCCAGGCCUAUCUUGUUUUCGUGCAACAAGUCAUUCUAGAUCAAAAGAUAAUUAUUUAGGGCCAUUUUAAUGCCAGGCAUGACCCCGAACCCCCAUCCCCCCCCCUACAGGGGUCAUAGGCCAAUCCGAGCCUACUUUUAAAAUGUCAUAAUUAGGCCUCAGCAUGACCGUUGCGGACAUGGGGAGGGGUCAAGGACACUUUGGUGAUGUAAUCGAGGGAUAGGAUUUGAGUCGGGGAUUGGUUAGCAGAAAUAUCUCCGAAGCGGUAAAAUGCCACUUUUCUUGAUUACUGCCCCCGGUGCCUUGGAGGUGCUACUACAACCGAGCUUUCUCGGACACGAAAGGAGCUAGGCAUACCGUUCCAUUUUUUUAAAAAAACUAUGGACGAUCGGGACAGAUCAAAAAUUGGUCCAUUUGUCUCUAGCGCCCCCUGGGAAUUUAUGAAGAUCUUUAAAAAAUUCCCUAUGGGAUUUUCCUUUCUUUUUUCCCGAAACUUUGAACGCCCAUAUCUCCGUGUAAACCCUCAGAGACUGCAACUAGGGGCAUGCUAACUCAAAGUUUACCAAACGGUCUGUGUUAAAUAUCUAUUGAUUGACAAGUCCAAACUCCACCCAAGUUGGAGGGGUGUGUCCUCGGGUGGGGGGUGUGGGUGGGUGCCCAUAUUUGGUCGAUGAGUCAUGGGGGUGUGGCCAAGGUCGCCAAAGCGUCCCAGUACCAUUUUGUAAACUUUUUUCCUAAUCCUAACCCACUUGCCCAUAUUUGGUCGAUGAGUCAUGGGGGUGUGGCCAAGGUCACCAAAGCGUCCCAGUACCGUUUUGUAAACUUUUUUCCUAACUAACCAGUGGGUGUGGUCAGGGUGAGGUGGCCACGCCCCCAAACAGGGUUCCAGGUCGAUCCAAAGCUAUCUUUUGAACCAUGAGUCGUACAGCUAUACCAAGAGCAUGACCAUGUACAAGACUUCACUUAGAGUGUGGGUGCUCUGACAGACGCUUUGGUGAACCCGACACUUUGGUGAUCAUAGUUCCUAACUCCCUAACCUUAUGACUUUGGCACAAAACAAGGGCUGAUCUCGGUUCAGCCUUUCAAGUGUAACCACCCAAUGCUACCGAGGUUUCCCUAGGACCCAUGGAAAUUUUGAGACUCUUUCCACUUCUGAACGAAGGACGGUGUGGGACCCAGAGCCCCCAAGACUGUUGCUCGUUAGGUUUUUCAGAUUGAAAUAAAUCUUUUGAAUGGGGCGGGCUACGCCCAACUUUGCCAACUGUGUUAAAGGGGGUCCCUCUGAGUAACAUAUCCAAAACAUGGGGGCCCUAGGUCAAAGGGUCGCCGAGAUACAACCCUUAGAAGUCUUGAAGGCAGGCCUCGGGGCCAAAUCGGGUCUUUUUUGGCCCCGCGGAGGCUAGGAAGGUCAUAGGGUCUCUAGGUCCAACCGUUCCUGAGAUAUGAACCUUUAAUCGAUUAAAUUUAUGCGUGAAAUUAGGCCCGAAAGGUUUUUUCGUCCGCCGCGAGGGCUAGGAAGGUCUUAGCUUUACGAAAUUCGACAGGCAGAAUCGUUAUAAGGAUUAUAAGGAUUACAGGGAUUUGGAUGGUUGUAUCUUCAGUAAGUUGCUUUAUAUUAUUAUGUUUCUGUAGUUUUACAAGUUUUAGGGUUGUUUGUUUACCUUUAUAAGUGCAUUUAGCAUGUUUUUGUUUUUAAUUAGUUAUCUUAGGGAACUUAGCUAAUGUUUUUAGAGGGAAUGGUACUAUAUGGGCGAUUUCCAAGUGUUUAUUGGUGUUUUAGAGGUGUAUUUUCGUUGUUUAUUCGACAUUAACUCAAAAAAUAAGUGCAGUUAAGGUCCACGUCGGGCAUUUCAUUGAGGACGCUUACGUAAUAUCCCAUUUUUGUAAUAUUUGUCCUAAUUUUAUCUUUUUAAUUUUUUUUUUUAUAGGUAUGUCUUCUAGGUCGCAGACUUGUCCAAUUUGCAGGGCAAUCUAUGCUAACCUUUCUCAGCAUAUUACAAGGUUCCAUGGUGUUGGCAAUGAAAGGGAAAAGGAGCUGCUGCUCCAGUUAGCAAGUGAACGUGUCAAAGGCACUUUUAAGUGCCAGGUGCCAGGAUGCAGCAAGUCUGUGAAGCGGCUCGACCGGCAUCAUAGUGAAGUUCACUUCGACAUUGAGCCAUCAGUCCUUUCAGUGUAUUUGUCUCGUGCCAAAAGAUGUUUUGUGAUUGAGAAGCUGGCGGAGCUCAGGGCCUCCAAGCCCAACAUCCCUAUGGUGUCCUAUUUAGACAUAGGAUACCAGCCGGAUGUGGAUGUCCCUGUUCCCGUCAGUGCUCAAUCCCCUGCAGCGACCUCUUCAAACGCUGCUGCUGCAACGACCUCUUCCAAGGCUGCUGCUGCAACGACCUCUUCAAAGGCUGCUGCUGCAGCAAAUGCAUUUGAUGAAAUGGCCCCAGAUGUUGGUAUUCAGGAGCAGGAGAGAGGGGAGGAGGAGGACAAGGAGGAGCACAAGGAGGAGGGCAAGGAUAAGGAUAAGGAGAGUGAGGAAGGGGAGGUGGAAAAAGAUGAGCCCUGCACCAGUCGAAGCUGCCAACGACUUGUGAAGAAGCUCAGGGAGCAGGUCAGGGCAGCACAGGAAGCCUCACAGGUUGCAGACAGAAUCUGCAAGGGUGAAUGUUUCAAUCCUGACUGCCUACGUAAAGCAGAAGAGCUUUCCUCAUUAAUGUCAUCUAUGUUGAAGUCCCCAAAUUUGCAGACUAGGAGAAAAUUCUCCAGACGGGUCUGA